AUGCUGAAGACUGUCACUAAAGGGGAGAGAUUCAAUGGAAAAGAGGAUGGAUGUCAGACGGAUCAUAUCAAUUUCCCUGAUUUUAAUAGUUGCAUCAACGACAACUCCUGCAUCCGCAACUGCUGCUCCCACAACUGCAGCACCCACAACAGCUGCACCUACAACUGCUGCUCCCACAACAACUGCACCCACAACAGCUGCACCUACAACUGCUGCUCCCACAACAGUUGCACCCACAACUGCUUCUCCAACAACAACUGCACCCACAACAGCAGCACCUACAACUGCUGCACCCACAACAGCUGCACCUACAACUGCUGCUCCCACAACAGCUGCACAUACAACUGCAGCUCCGACAACUGCUGCACCCACAACAGAAGCCCCAACAACAGCAGUGACUACAACAGCUGCACCUACAACUGCUGCACCGACAACUGCUGCACAUACAACUGCUGCACCCACAACAGCUGCACCUACAACUGCUGCUCCCACAACAGCUGCACCCACAACUGCUGCUCCCACAACUGCUGCUCCAACAACAGCUGCACCUACAACUGCUGCACCAACAACUGCUGCACCCACAACAGCUGCACCUACAACUGCUGCUCCCACAACUGCUGCCCCCACAACUGCUGCUCCAACAACAGCUGCACCUACAACUGUUGCUCCAACAACUGCUGCUCCAACAACAACUGCACCCUCAACAGCUGCACCCAUAACUGCUGCACCCACAACAGCUGCACCUACAACUGCUGCUCCGACAACAGCUGCACCUACAACUGCUGCACCGACAACUGCUGCACAUACAACUGCUGCACCCACAACAGCUGCACCUACAACUGCUGCUCCCACAACAGCUGCACCCACAACUGCUGCUCCCACAACUGUUGCUCCAACAACAGCUGCACCUACAACUGCUGCACCAACAACAGCUGCACCUACAACUACUGCUCCCACAACAGCUGCACCCACAACUGCUGCACCUACAACUACUGCUCCCACAACAGCUGCACCCACAACAGCUUUACCUACAACUAUUGCUCCCACAACUGCUGCUCCAACCACAGCUGCACCUACAACAGCUGCACCAACAACAGAUUCACCAACAACAGCUGCACCUACAACUGCUGCACCCACAACUGCUGCACCCACAACUACUGCGGCACCCACAACUGCAACACCCACAACUGCAGCCCCAACAACUGCUGCACCCACAACUGCAGCACCCACAACUGCUUCACCCACAACAGCAGCACCCACAACUGCUGCAACCACAACAGCAGUACCCACAACUGCUGCACCCACAACUGCUGCACCCACAACUGCUGCACCCACAACUGCGGCACCCACAACUGUGGCACCCACAACUGCUGCACCCACAACUGCAGCCCCAACAACUGCUGCACCCACAACUGCAGAGCCCACAACUGCUGAACACACAACUGCAGCACCAACAACUGCUGCACCCACAACUGCUGCACCCACAACUGCGGCACCCACAACUGCGGCACCCACAACUGCUGCACCCACAACUGCAGCCCCAACAACUGCUGCACCCACAACU